UGCGAGGUAUGCGACGAACGACGCUCGGCCCGAUAUCGUCCUCGCAGCUCAACUCGAUGAGCUCGUCGCAGCCAUCGCGGAUCCCCGUGGCCAAGCCGGCCGCGGGGCCGUCGGCCGGCCGCCAGUCCAUGAGCUCCUUGGCCCAGCGGCGCGAGAGCAUGAAGAACCGCCUGCCGCUGGGCCGCAGCAGCAUGGCGGCGAGCGCCGGCCACCGGACGCACUCGAUCGGAAAGAACGGGUCCAUGGGGUCGGGCCGGCGAAGCAGUACGUUCGGAGCGCGAGGCAACCGCGUCAUGGACCCUCGCCCGGUGGCUGAUCGCAGCUUCAUGAACAACGCGAUUCGGCUGCUGGUCGAGUACCUCUCGGAGCACAACUACGAGCACCAGAUCAACUCGCACUUGCUCUUCAAGCCGAUGAAGAAGGACUUCGUCUACAUCAUGCAAUUUCUCUUCCGCCAGCUCGAUCGCAACUUUGAGUACUCGCCCAAGAUCGAAGACGACGUCGCGACGUGCUUUCGCCAGCUCAAGUACCCUUUCCCGAUCAGCAAAGCAGCGCUCGCGGCCGUCGGGAGUCCUCACUCGUGGCCAUCCCUUCUUGCCGCUAUCUCGUGGAUGAUUGAGCUUCUCAAGUACGACGAAAUCGUGCAGCACGACUACGAACAAGGCGACGAGUACGACGGCGACAACUUCUUCGAGUAUCUCGCCAACUCAUACGAAGCCUUCUUGAACGCCAAGGACGACGAGUACAACAUGCUCGAAGCCCAGCUCAUCCAGAAGAUUGACGCAAAACACGAUGUCAUCGCCAACGAGACACAAGCGAUCUUGGAAGAGAACGACGAGCUGCGUCGGCAAAUUGAGCAAGCCAAGAAGGCGCCGACACUUGCCCACUACAACGCCAAGAAGCGCGACCUCCAGCACGAUCGCGAGAAGCUGCAAGAUCUCGUGCAGAAGCUCGAGGCCAACAAGGAGCACGCCGGUGUUGUCAUUCACUCGACCGAGCAAAAAAUCGCCAAAAAACAGGAGGAGUUCCAAGCGAUCCAAGUCAAGAUCGCACAGCUGCAGCGUCGCAUCGACACGCAGGAGCUGACGGCGGAGGACCUCGACCGCAUGGUGAAGGAGCGCCAGCGCCUUCAGGAGCAACUGCAGCAGGCCGAAGUGCGCUACAAGGAGCUCCAGAGCCAGCACUGGCAAAAGGAGACUGCGAUUUCCGAAAUGAAAGACGCGUUGGAAGAAAGCGUGAAGCGCUAUAUGGUGACGGCGACGCGUCUCAAGCUCUUUGGCAAGUACGGCGGCGGCUUCGACUAUGGCAUUGCGAUUGAUGCGCACUCGGGCGGCGUCUCGGCCGCGACCGCGCUCAUCAACCACCUCAAGAAGAACGUUGUGCCUAAUAUCUACAAGUUCAAGAAGCAGCGCAUCGAGCGUCUCGACCGGCUCCUCGAUAAGUCGCUCGAGCUCAAGGCCCAAGUUGAGAGCACGGCGCUGCAGCGCGAGAACGCGCUCGAGGCCGUCCGCAACAUGGAGAACCAAGAGCGCAAGAUGAGCGAGAUCAUGCGCCGCGAGAAAGACUCGAUGGACCUCCUCCUCGAGCAGAAGGCCAAGGCGAUCGAGGACGUCGAGCUCGAGCUCCAGCACGUCAAGAGCGAAGAAGAGCUCAGCGCCGAGAACGUGCGCGCCGAGGCCGCGUACAAGGAGACGCGCGACGCAUACGAGAGCAUGAAGGCGCAGUGCGAGCAAGAGAUUGCAACGCGUCUGCACAACAUCUCGCUUGCGGUCUCGGCCUGCAUCGCCUUCAAGGAGAACGUCGAACAUGUGCUCUCGGAAGGCGAGGCCUACGCCCAGCGCUUUGCCGUCUAGUGUGUUGUGGAUAGAAGACCCAUUACUUUAUAUUAAAAGAGACUAUAAUAACCAAGCUGCUAUAUUGACCAAGU